AUGACUGACGUUGAUGACGCACACAUCUCUGUGCGCUUCAAGCACGGCAUCCAUACCAUCUACCUCUUCAUCGACGCCCUCGCACCCUUCUCCAACGUCACCGCCGAGCUUAUCAGCGUCAUAACCGAUCGAUACCCCCAGGGCCUUACCACGUCCAUCUCACCUCCCAAGAACACCUCUGUCGACGAGGACUCGACCAUUGUGUAUGGCGCAUUGAAGAUUCCCAACGAUCCCUAUUCGGGAUGGGUCAAGCUCAAGACGGGGAACGGAGAGAGCUCGCCUACAAAGCUAGGAUUGAAGAACAACAGCUUGGUUGUCUUUGCUGUGGCAAAGUACGAGGGUGAUGAUCCCGAGUUUGAGGUGGAGUGGCCUCAGGUGGAUGAAGAGAUAUACGAGGAAUGA